AUGAUCCUGAUUUCUUCAUCUUCUUUCGUUGGUUUUGUGGUGAUUGAUGGCGAUAAUUACUGCGCAAGCUUAAGUGAUGGUUAUGAUUAUAACAAUGAUAUUAAAUUGACAGAAAAGCCUUAUGAAUGUUGGUCACAUAAAGAUACAAAUCAAUGGGAUGGGAAACCAUUUAUGGUUUCUUUGGAAUUUAAAAUUUACAUCGCUUGGGGUUUACUAUCCACGAUUUUAUUUCCCCUUGCUCGAGGACUUUCUAAAUCACCUUAUUCUGAGUUUCUUAAUAAAGAAACAAUUCUUAGAAUACGUUAUUUUCAUGAAAUGAAUAUGUUAUUAUCGGCUGGUGCCAUCUUAAUGAGUAUUUCAAUUAUAUUAAUUGGAAUAGAAACUUUUAACAACAAAGAAUCAAAAUUCUGGAAUGACUUUUUAAUAAUACACUUUAAUUUAGGUGGUUUUUUGGUAUUGGUAAUAAUGAUAUUAAUUAUUUAUCCCAGAUAUUAUAUAACUGGAUUAUAUGGUAGUAAAGCAUUAAGCGAAAACUCUUUAAGUAGAAUAAGUCGAGUGACAAUUAAUGAUAAUUCAUAUGAUGAAGGAGAGAAUAUUUAUGGAAAAAAUGCUUUUGGUACUAUGAGAAAUCGAACAAGUAGUUAUAGAAAUAGUUCAAUAAAUAGUUAUGGAAAUAGUUUAAGAAAUAGUUAUAGAGAAGAAUCUAGUUCUAGAAGUAGUUAUCGUCGAAAUAGUUAUCUAAAUGUUGCUAGAAGAAAUAGAAGUAGUUAUAGAGGUAGUCGAGAUAGUCGAGAUAGUAAUUCAUCAGGAGAUUUGAUAACAAAAUCAGUAUCAGAGUUAUUGAAAGAACAAAAAAAACAAAUUGAAACAUUUAGACGUAAUUUAAAUCAAAAGUGGCCAACGACAUAUAAUAUAAAUGACUAUUAUAUUGAUAAUAUUAAUGAAGAAGAAAUUAAAGAAAAAUCAAGUGGUGAUCAAAUAUCACAAUUACCUUUUCCAAGAAGACCUUCACUACCUACAAUUUCAGUUUCAUAUUCAUUACCUCCUCAAUUAUAUACGAGAAGACCUUCGCUACCUACAAAUUUAGGUUCAUAUUCAUUUCCUUCUCCUCCGAAAACGAGGAGGAAAAUUUGGAAAUUUAAGUAG